UGGCUAGAUCAAGCUAUUGCAGUCAUGCGAAACUGUCGUUUUCUAGGCUCACGCACCACGCGAGUACGGCACUGCGUCUGGGUCGAGCUGUACUCUCCUGGCGAGAGUCGGUCUCCAAGGGGUCGAGUUUUAAAUCGCGUCCAACUAAAGCCUUCACGUCGCCGUGGCUGCCUGAAAGAUCGGCGAUCAUGAUCGUCACCCUCAAGACAUUACAGCAGCAGACGUUCAAAAUUGAAGUGGACCCGUCAGAAACGGUGAAAGUAUUCAAAGAAAGGAUAGAAGAGAAGAAAGGCAAGGACUACCCCGCACACUGCCAAAAACUUAUAUAUGCAGGUAAAAUCCUAAGCGAUGACUCCAAAAUGAGCGAAUAUGACAUUGACGAAAAGAAGUUUGUGGUCAUCAUGGUGACCAAGCCUAAACAGUCUGUCGAUGCAACGGCUAAAACACCGGGGCCUGGUGCGACGUCGACGGUGGCAUCUGCAGGGACGGCCUCGCCUGCCUCUGUGAAGCAGCCGGCUGCAGAAGCCCAAAAGCCGGUGGAGACACCCAGCGGCGCCUCCAAAAGUCCAGUGCAGUCACCGGCACAUUCUGCGGCAACCACACCAACCUCACGGCCAGUGACUGAGACUGGGGACACGGGCCUGGCCAUGGCUGCCUCGGCACUGGUCAUGGGUGACGAGUACGAGCGCAUGGUGCAGCAGAUCAUGGAGAUGGGCUAUGAGCGGCCACAGGUGGAGAGGGCCUUGCGCGCCAGCUUCAACAAUCCCGACCGGGCCGUCGAGUACCUCCUGACGGGCAUCCCUCCGUCACAGCAGGACCCGGCAGAAGAGAGCCAGGGUGCAGCGGAAGAGUCUGAGGACACCCCGAGGAGCGUUCCCAGUGACACAGCCAUGUUGUCACCGCAGUCGCAUCAGGGCACCACUGGGCCACUCGAACCAGCAUUGGCAGCAGAAGGCGGCAACCCUGAGGACCCGUUGGCCUUCCUUCGGUUCCAGCCUCAGUUCCAGCAGAUGCGACAGGUGAUUCAGCAGAACCCGCAGCUGCUCAAUGCAGUGUUACAGCAGCUUGGCCAGACUAACCCCCAGCUCCUGCAGCUCAUCUCCAGGAACCAGGAGGCAUUUGUGCGGAUGUUGAAUGAGCCCAGCCCACCACCAGGUGGUGCCAGCCAGGGAGGUGCACCCGGUGGCCUGGGCAGUGGAGGAGCUCCCAUUGAGGUCAACUACGGCCAGGUCACACCUCAGGACAAAGAGGCCAUCGAGAGGCUGAAGGCGUUGGGCUUUCCAGAGUACCUGGUCGUGCAGGCCUACUUUGCCUGCGACAAGAACGAGAACCUGGCCGCCAACUUUCUGCUCUCGCAAAACUACGACGACUGACGCCUCUCGACGCUGUGCCUUAAGCCCUCCUCUCCCACAGGCCCCUGCUGUCUGAAGCCGCAGGGCAACCCUUUCUCGGUUUUCGGCUCGCCCCAACAAAAAAUCAAAUGGAGCAUUCAAAGCAGCCUUCUGCACGUUUUCGUUUCACUUUUUAAAUGAUUCAGAGCGACAGGGGUCAAUAAAACAAAAAGGCAACGAGCAGACGAUGCGCGUAGCUGAGGGCCUCCGUGUUCUGACGUCACCCGCGCCUCGCGUGAUGUCAUCGUUUGGCGUUUCUGUGCGGGAGCUGCUGCUGCGACGGCCGGUUUUCUUGUUGUUUUUUUCCCUUCCUUUGGAAGUGAGGGCGUGUUUUUGUGUGGAUAUUUUUUUUUAUGUACAGGAUAAGUUUGCAUUAAAUGAAGUGCAGAAAUGGUUGUAAUUGAGCGUCGAAGAGACAAUAUGCGGCUGUAUUCGUGCAGUGUGUUGCUGUAUGAGCGAAUGUCACUGCGGAUUUGCCGAAUGCUUGCUGUUCCUGUACGCGGUUUAUAGCGUGUUGAAAAUAAAUGACUCAUU